AUGUUCUUCCACGACCUGGGACCGCAGCUGGGGUGGACCAUGGUGUUUCUGGCGGAGUGCAUCGGACCUCUCUUCAUCUACCUUUUCUUCUUCCUCCAUCUCCUCAACAUCUACGAGCAGAAAGAUGACUAUACCUCCAAUCCCUGCUCAGUGGUCACGCUGGCGUGUGUGUGUCACUGUUUCCACUACUUCAGAAGGCUGUUGGAAACCAUCUUCAUCCACCGCUUCUCCGACGGCACCUUGCCGCUGCAAACCAUCAUGAGGAACUGCCUGUACUACUGGGGGUUUUCUGCUUGGUUAGCCUACUACAUCAACCACCCCCUCUACACUCCACCAUCGUACGGGAAUCUCCAAGUCUACUCUGCGUUGGCGGUGUUUAUGCUCUGUGAAGCUGGAAACUUCUCAAUUCAUUUGGCUCUCAAUAACUUGGGCUGUAAUGGUCUGAGGCCCAAGCGGAUCCCUUACCCCACCAGGAACCCCUUCACAUGGCUCUUCUUCUUUGUGUCAUGUCCCAACUACACCUAUGAGGUGGGUCAAACUCUUUCUCACUCUCUUUCCACAGUGGCCCUGUUCACGUUGCUGGGCUUCAUCCAGAUGACUAUCUGGGCACAGGGAAAACAUAAGAUGUACACCACAGAGUUUACAGACUACCCUGAACUAAGAUCAGCUAUCAUCCCUUUGUUCCUUUGA